AUGGAUGAUUGCCAAGCAGCUGCCAUGGAACUGGCUGCAAUUCCUGCCAUACCAAAGCCCGCCAAGGAUAACAUACCUGCUCCUGCUGCCGCAACCCCUCCUGCAACUCCAAUGGUGCGAACGGCUGUUUUCAACGAAUGGGCCAUGAUGAAGACCUUGCUAUGGUCGAGCGAAUGGGGACGAAAUGAAGCAGGAGGAGAGGAGGCAGCAAGCAACAUUUUAGACCUGGAUCUGGUUCGAUCCAUGACAGUUGGGCCAGACCACCUCAAAAAGCGAAGCUCGCAAUUCGCAACUGUGGCUCGUAAGCUGUCCGAGCCGCGUCAACUUCUGUGGCGUUUUACAUGCUGGUAA